AUGGAUCUGGAGAGAUCGCCGCCGCCCGAUCACGCGGCGGAGGCGGCAGGGGGCGGGGCGUGCUCCAUCUGCCUGGAUCCGGUGACUGGGCGCGCCGGGGGCAGGUCCAUCGCCAAGCUGCAAUGCGGCCACGAGUUCCACCUAGACUGCAUUGGAUCAGCAUUCAAUGCGAAAGGGGCAAUGCAAUGCCCUAAUUGCCGGAAGAUAGAGAAAGGCCGCUGGCUUUAUGCAACUGGACAACGUCCAUCUCCUGAUAUUGAUAUAGGUGGCUGGGUGACUGGUGAAACCUAUGACAUUGCUUCUGAUCUUCCAUUUGGAUUUCAGUGGUGCCCUUUUAGUGGAUUCACACAACUAGCAUCCGUUUUCGAGGAGGGUGAAGCGGAGCCACCGUCUUAUCAUACAGUCGCAGACCAUUCGAGUGCUGCAAGCAGUUCACUUGUUUGUCCUUAUCUUUCACUGCGUGGUUUUCUCCAUCCCGUGCAUGUGCCUCUUGGUUCAAAUUCUGGUGCUGAAGGCGCUUCAUUUCAUCGCCAUCCAACUAGCUUGGAAGGCCAUGCAGCUCCUGAUUUGGGCAAUACCCAAGCAGCUUUCCAUGCAACUGAGCCAAGAAUUCUUGAUAGCGAGCACAGAUAUUUGACUAAUCUUCCUGUAUCGGGCAUCCCGGAUCAUUCUGUAGCUCCAUUUGGUAUAGGACUUCCCAGAUAUGAAACCAGCAGCCAACAAAGAUCAAGACCAUAUGUACAUCACCAUCCCCUAGUCCACAGGCCCACACCUCGCAACGGAAGCAAUCUGGUGGCACCAUUAGGGUCAGUUCCAGCUGUUAUGGGCGAGACUAGAGGCCAUGGUCAUGGUGCGAGGGGCCAUAUGUAUCAACAUUCGAUGCACGCCUCAAUGCAGGGCAGUCCUUUCCCUCCUACAGCUAGGAGGGUCAGGCCGAGGGCUUUGACAAUCACAUCUUUCAUUGCAGCAGCAGCAGCGUCGUCGGCUGAGGUUGGAGUGCCCCAUGGAUUUGCUCCACCCGCAGCUGUGAACAGGAGCCUUCCCUCUGAUGGUGAAGGUGUCUCUAGACCACCCGUCGAUCGACCAUAUGCGUGGGGCCGGGAGGGCUUUGGGCCAUUCCCGUGGGUCCCUGUCGACGGCGAGCCUCACUGGUGGAGCACGUUCAAUCCGAUGCAGAACCAUACACAUGGAGGUUUCACUCGAAGACCUGCUCCCGGGGAGCGGAUACCGCAGAGCCACCCGGACAAUGUUUACCAGCCUGUACCUCCCCAGAGGAUGCCGCCAUUCUUGUGA